UCGAGAAGACACUUUUGUUUAGGAACAGAUUGUGAUAAUACCCAGGUCUCAGAAGCAGACUCCUAUUCCCGUCCAGCAACCAUGCAUCAGCUUACAUUUUUUUGUUUUGUGCUUGCCAGCUUUUCCUCUCCUCUAAUGUCACAUCCAAUAAUUGACUCUAGUGAGGUCUCAUAUCAAUUGCCAGACUCAAAGUUGGACUUUGGAGAAUUAAAUAAUUUCGAUCAGACAUAUUUACUGCAGAAUCUCCCAGCAUUUCUAGGCAAGCAUCGUUUGGGGGAAGAUAGAGAUGAUUUUUUCAGUAGAGAAGGACUCAGUCUAGGUACUUACAACAUGGAAGACAGCAUGAAAGAGAGUUUGUUUGGCAAGCACCCAAGGAUAUCAUUGUUGAACCGUCUGCAAACAAAAGACAAAAAGCAGUAUAAGAAACGGGGCAGUUUGUCAGAAUGCUUCUGGAAAUACUGUGUCUGAAAUUAAGGACAAGGAGAUAUUCUGCUUAUGUCUACAAAACUUGAUUUGCCCCGGAAAGCUGUAUAAAUUGACGCCUGGUUUAAACCACCUGAGUAAACUGUAAAGCGAGGAAUGUGUAGGCUAGAAUAAUUAAGUAUAUAUUAUUUUUCAUUUUGAAAUUAAUAAAUAUUUUAUGUAUUGCAAAUAGUUGGUA